AAGCAGCUCGUCGCGAUUCCAGCUGAGGAAAAUAAGGGUAGGCCUUUGUGGCUUCAGGUUGGGAAAGUGAGUUGGAAAAAAAGUGCCAGAAGCCAGUGAGACUUGGACGCAAGCGGUGGCGGUCGACGGUGGGAGUUGAACCUUCAGGCAGAUAAGCGGAGCAGCCUUUGGGAGCCCAAAAGAGGUGGAGGAGCUGAAAAAAAUGUGUGUACCCCAAAAGAAACAGUGAAAAUUACGUGGACCCCAUUCGAGAAGUGGAGAACUGAAAUUAGGGAUAACUAAGGAACCACAAAGUUAACCGGAAGUGCAGCCACAAAGGCCGAUCCCCUCAAGAAACAGCAGCAGAAGCAGCAGUAGCAGCAGCAGCAACCCCCCAAAAACCAAGACUCAACUCCAACCCCUAUUUAUGAUUAUCGUCCUGCUGCUGCUGUUCCACUCGCUGUGCGUUUACUGCCAACGAAUCGUGCUCUACGUCCACGACCGAUGCUUCCCCAGGAACGUGCGCCUGCUCCAGGAGGUGGCCGAGACGGUGGGCGAUCGUAAGGCACCACAGCGCCUGGCGGAGCAGCAGUUGGAGCAACAGAAGCGCAGCCAGAAGCGCCGCAUCCUCGAGCCCAUCCUGCCGCUUGUCGGUGGCGCCAACUCCGAGGCCUGUCGGUUUUGUGCCCACAGUCCACAGGGCUAUUGUCGCCAUCACUUUCAUCUGCAGGAGUUGCAGCUGCACAAGCAAAGGGGUUCCGGUGGUGAGCAGGACUUCCGGCAGAUCAGAAGGAUCAAGCGGGAGCUGAAAAGGACCAUCGGUCAGCAGCAGCAGCAUCUGCAGCCGGUGAGGAGCUAUCGACCUGCCAGAUUGAGUUCCAGCUGGAGCAGCAGUUCGCUGAGCAGUGGCUACGCAUCGUUGACCAGCUUGGGAUCACAGGAGCAAGAGGAGGAGUUAGUCUCAUUGGAUCAGGAGAUUCUAGAGGAGAUUCCACAGGAGGUGGAGGAGGAUCCUCAGCAGUUACAAGGGGAGAUGGAGCAGCAGGUUUAUCCGGAGGAGGAGAUUCAAGAACCCCUGCUAACCAGCCACCUUUAAACCAAAACAUUUUUAA